GUCUGUCUGUGUUCGCUAACUUUAGCCAUGUUUCCCACCGGUUGUAUUUGUUUGACACUUCGCGUAGCUGCCAGUCGUCGUGUGUGACAGUCGGACAGAAAAAGGUGUGUUACAUGUUACAUGUUACAUGUUACAUGUUACAUGUUACAUGUUACAGUCUCACUUUCCAUUCAGAAACAAGCCGAAAAGGAAAACAAGCUAGCCUCCGGUAGCUAGCCGACAGCUUCCGGGUAAGCUAACCUGUUAGCCUACAUAGCUGGCAUGCUGCUGUCGUUGACUAGUCUUCUAUGAGCUGAGUUUGUCUGACCGGAUCAGAGGAUGUAUCCGCCUUCCAGAAAGGACUUCAUCUCUCUGACACUCAGUGAUCCCCACAGUAACACUUACAACAACGGCAAACACCGGAGACAGUCCUGCUGGAGGAAAUGGAAGCAGCUGUCUCGGCUCCAGCGAAGCCUCAUCCUGUUCCUGCUGGCUCUGCUGCUCAUAUUUGGACUGCUCUCCUAUCCCAGCAUCACAGAGCAGUGGAGAGGGUGGUCCGACAGGGAGGACUGGCUGGAGCUGAAUGACAGAGACGUUAAGGAUCUUCCGCCUAUAUUGGAUCAAGCCACAGGUAAAGGUCUGCCUCCUGUGGCAGGGCCACAUGUGCUGCCAGCUGUGGAUCCAGAUGCAGAUGCAGGUGCUCCGGUGGAGCCCAGAGGACCAAACAUCCCCAUUUUGCCUAGACCUCCCACUAAGAUUAAGACUUUCCCAAACAAGAGAGGUCCACCGAGCCUGCAGAAAGAUGGAAAUAUUUCAGACACAGUCCGUGAGGUGAAGCAAGUGCCAGAGGUGGCUCAAGAAGAAGAAGAAGAAGGACAGGAGGAGGACAAAGAAAAGAAGAUUGUCAGCUGGAGAGGAGCAAUGAUCGAAGCUGACCAAGCCACAGAGACUCCGCCCUCGACCAAUGAGAGAGAAGCUGCGGCGCCCCCAGCCCCAGCUAACCCUGCUGACACUGUCCCACCAGAAGUUUCAUCUGGAACUGUGGACAGACUGGAGGCCGUAUGUGAUGCCUUCAGACAUGCGUGGAAAGGCUAUAAGGACUACGCCUGGGGUCACGAUGAGCUCAAGCCCAUCUCCAGAUCUUUCGGAGAAUGGUUCGGACUGGGUUUGACGCUCAUUGAUUCUUUGGACACGAUGUGGAUUCUGGGCCUAAAAGAAGAGUUUGCCGAAGCAAAGGACUGGGUAGAGAAAGAGCUCUCUUUUGACAAGAACGUGGACGUAAAUCUUUUUGAGACAACCAUCCGUGUCCUCGGGGGCCUGCUGAGUACCUACCAUCUGACAGGAGACCAACUCUUUCUAGAGAAAGCUAAAGACAUCGGGUCCAGGUUGAUGCCUGCCUUCAAAACUCCCUCUAAGAUCCCGUUCUCAGACGUUAACAUCGGGAGGGGAACAGCUCACCCCCCUCGAUGGACGUCAGACAGCACGCUGGCCGAGGUCACCAGCAUUCAGCUAGAAUUCAGAGAGCUGAGCCGCCUCACUCAGGACCCACAGUACCAGGAGGUUGUGAAUGAGGUAAUGAAGCUGGUCCACAAGCUGCCAGGCAAACAGGAUGGCCUGGUGCCUAUGUUCAUCAACACCAACAGCGGCCAGUUCACCCACAAAGGAGUCUUCACGCUUGGUGCCAGGGCAGACAGCUACUAUGAAUACCUGCUCAAACAGUGGAUCCAGGGAGGCAAGACGGAAGACGACCUGUUGGAGGACUACCUUCAGGCUGUGGAAGGAGUGAAAAAACAUCUUUUGAGACAGACGGGGCCAAACAAAUUGACCUUUGUUGGAGAGUUGUCCCACACCCGCUUCAACCCAAAAAUGGACCACCUUGUGUGCUUCCUGCCAGGAACCUUGGCACUUGGGGCCCACAACGGCCUCCCGGGGGACCACAUGGAUCUGGCAGUACAGCUGAUGGAGACGUGUCACCAGAUGUACAAGCAGAUGGAGACGGGGCUGAGCCCAGAGAUCGUGCACUUUAACCUGCAGGCCAGUGAUGGGCACGAUGUCGUUGUCAAGCCUGCAGACAGACACAACCUGCUGAGGCCAGAAACGGUAGAAAGUCUGUUCUACAUGUACAGAUUCACUAAGGACACCAAGUACAGAGACUGGGGCUGGGACAUACUGCACAGCUUCAAUAACUACACUAAGGUCCCCGGUGGUGGCUACACGUCCAUUAACAACGUUCGUGACCCCGUGAACCCCGGGCCCCGGGACAAGAUGGAGAGUUUCUUCCUGGGUGAGACGCUGAAGUACCUGUAUCUGCUCUUCUCUGACGACAUGGAGCUGCUCAGUCUAGACAAGUAUGUCUUUAACACAGAGGCCCACGCUCUCCCCAUAUGGCCCUCCCCACCCAAAUGAGGUCACCAUGCAGGAGAUGUGUGUAAAGAUCAGACCAACAGAGUCCUCUAUGAGUCAAAGACUGUUAUUGCCGCUGAGUCAGGCAAUUCUCUAAAGCAAACCGUCCAGGCUGGACUGCUGUGUUGAGCAGUGAAGCAGACCGGUGCUGUCUACUUGUACUUUGACAUGUUUCCAUGUGGAGGAGUUUGAUUUCUUUCAGUCUUUUUCUCCUUGUUUUCAUUUGUUUUUUCCUAAGGAAAAGGUUUGUG